CAGUGCAGAGUAGCGGGGAAUCUCUCCUGCGGGAAGGAGACAGCAAGAGUGAAAGGCAGGGUUUGAGUCUGUCAAGAAGGGAGGAAUGGAAGAAGUGGGAGCCGCCCGACCUCAUUCACUUUCUGCCUUGGAGCGUGCACUCGCAGCGCGCAUGCGCAGAAGAAAUACCAGGAUUGGCGUGCGAGGCGGCCUUAACUGUUCUUCUGGACCAAUCCAGAUGCAGCGGGGCGCUAGGGCCCGGCCCCCACAGGCGGGCGCGGUGUCUGCGCGCGGGUUUCGUAGUGUCGCAGCUGUUUGCGGGAGUGGUUCUUGUUGGCGCCAUGGACUCUGGUCUUAUCCGGCGCUUAGCCCCGCGCCUGGGCAUUGCCGAGCCGGAGGUGCUGAGGCCACAGGUGCGGCCCUAAAAAAUAAAAAAAAUGUUGCUCAGGAAAGCAGAGGAGUACUUGCGACUGUCCCACGUGAAGUGUAUUGGCCUGUCUGCACAUACCACAGAAACCAGCAAUGCAGUCAUGUGCCUGGACCUUGCAGCUUCCUGCAUGAAGUGCCCCUUGGACAGGGCUUAUUUAAUUAAACUUUCUGGUUUGAACAAGAAGAUGUAUCAGAACUGUCUUAAAUCUUUUGAGUAUUUACUUGGCCUGAACUCAAAUAUUGGAAUAAGAGACCUAGCUGUACAGUUUAGCUGUACGGAAGCAGUGAACAUGGCUUCAAAGAUACUGCAAAGCUAUGAGUCCAGUCUUCCACAGACACAGCACGUGGAUCUCGACUUAUCCAGACCGCUUUUCACCACUGCUGCAUUACUUUCAGCAUGCAAGAUUCUAAAGCUGAAGGUGGACAAAAAUAAAAUGACAGCCACAUCUGGUGUAAAAAAAGCCAUAUUUGAUCGACUCUGUAAACAAUUAGAGAAGAUUGGGCAGCAGAUCGACAGAGAGCCUGAAGAUUCAGCCACUCCCCCACGGAAGAAAAAGAAGACAGUGGUUGAACCUCCAGCAAAGGAAACAGAGAAUAUAGUAGAGAUCCCACAUAAAUCACAAAAAGACGAAGAUGUGACACAGGAUUAUGAAGAAUGGAAAAGGAAAAUCUUGGAAAAUGCUGCCAAAGCACAAAAGGCUACAACAGAGUAAUUUCAGCUUCCAGGCUACCUUGUACGGCAAACCGAAUGCAUCUGCCACCUCAAGGAACAUGUGGAGGGCUUUGGAAUUUUCUUUGAACUUUUAGAACAAGGAUCCUAAGACUCUUGCCUUAAUAGCAAAGAAGCCAGCAUUAGGGCUGAGCAGGCUGGUUCUGAAAUGAGCAACAAAUUCAUUAGCUCAGCUGCAGUGCCUGGUUAGGUUAGCCUUGGCUCCGCACAGGUCUGUGCUCUCCUACAAAAUGUAAUGGGAGCCAUUUUGCUUUUUUGCUUUGUUUUAAGCCAAAGAUAGUUUGCUGUCCUAUCCAGAAUGUGAAAUUCAGUCUGAGUGGAGUCUUAAAGAUUUUACUUAAGUUUUUGUGUAAAUCUCUUGGUUUGACUAAAUCAAUAUAUGGUACAACCUAAGUUAAUAAAUGUUCUUUUUAUAUGCA